GCCAGCCAAUGAUGGUCAACACGCAGUAGUUCGUUGAGUAAACGGCAACACCACAGAAGAAGAACUACCUGGACAACCAAUGAGCGAUGCGUUUACUGAGUAGCAACGAAUCGACGUCGAAGUUGUUGCAGAGCCAAAAAGCUCAGAGGCUGAAUUCUGGACUCGAGCGGUGAAAUCUAGGCCUUCCGAUUGGAUUGGCCGUUUUCACAGGGGCAAUGGACAGUAUCGUGAUCCUGGACGAUGAGGAGGAUGACCCUCAGCCCUGCUCCUCCACUUCCUCUUCCAGUAAGCCGACCGCGAAGGAAACCCAGGAGGCCUCGAUGCCCGCCCCUACGCACAUCACCCAAUCGCCUUUCGCCUCCAACAAGAAGGAGUCUCACAUCCUGCUCCUGGAAAACCAGAGGCUUUUUGCGGAGUUUUUGGAGCACUGUGCCGGACACACGCAGGACUGCCCCGAGGUCAUGACCUUCCUGCGGGCCAAGCACGCGAAGGCGUCGCCGGAGUUCCUGAGCUCGGUGGAGUUCCGGAACACGCUGGGCCGCUGCCUGACGCGCGCCCAGGCCAGCCGUGCCAAGACCUUCGUCUUCAUCAACGAGCUGUGCACCGUGCUGAAGCAGCACUCCGCGAGGAGGAGGCAGGCCACGGUGCCGCUGCCUGUCCAGGAGCGGCCGCCGCCCUCACCGCUACCGCCGCCGCCGUCGCCCGGCAACCAGGCGGCUCAGGGCCCUGCGGACGCCGAAGCCGACCAGGAGCCCCCUUCCACCUCCGGGCAGGGGGAGGAGAAGAAGGUCGCCAAGGCCUCCAGGAGACAGAUUGCGUACCUGGAGAACCUGUUGAAGGUGUAUUAUGAGGAGAUCCACAGGCUGCAGGAGAAAGACCUCAGUCUGGAGGACAUGAUGCAGGAAGACUCCGGAUACAUCCAGGAGCACAAACUGAAACGCAAGAUGAUGAAGAUCUAUGAUAAGCUGUGUGAGCUGAAGGGGUGCAGCACGCUGACGGGGAGAGUGAUCGAGCAGAGGGUGCCCUACAGCGGGACGCGCUACCCCGAGAUCAACCGGAAGGUGGAGCGUUUCAUAAACGGGCCCGAGGCCCGGAUGAACCCGCCGGACUACUCGGACAUCCUGGCGGUGGUGCAGCGCGCCAACGAGCGCUACGCCCUGACGCUGUCCCGCAAGCAGCUGGCCCAGAUCGCCCAGGACGCCUUCCGCGAGACCGGCAACCAGCUGCAGGAGCGCCGCCACCUGGACAUGGUGUACAACUUCGGCUCGCACCUCACCGACUGCUACAGGCCAGCCAGCGACCCCGCCCUCACUGACCCCGCCUUGGCCCGCAAGCUGCGCUCCAAUAGGGAGCUGGCCCUGACCAGCCUGGAUCAGGUCAUCAACAAGUACGCCAUGAAGCAGGACGACACAGAGGAGGAGGAAAGGAAGAAGAGGUUGGAGAGGGAGAAAACCAAGAAAGAGGCGCUCGCUGCUCAGAAGGACGAAGAGAUGAAAAAUCAGCAGGAGGAGGAGAAGGAGGUGGCAGAGAAGGAGGUGGAGGAGGAGGAGGAGGAGGGUGGUGACAGCGAGGAUGAGGAGGAGGGAGAUGAAGAGGAUGAGGUCUCCUCAGACCCAGACAUUGAGGAGGAGCUACAAGCCAGCCAAUCACAAGCAGGAGCAGAUGAUGAAGAGGAUGAGGAAGAGGAGGCUAACGCGAGCGAGGAGGAAGACCUCGAGUCGGCCCUGUCCCCCAGCUCGGACCAGGAGGCUCCUAUAGGGGUGGAGGAGAACGGGGACGAGGGCAGCCAAUCGGCGAGCAGCAGCCGAGGAGAGGCCGCCGCAGACAAGAAGGGAGGCCCCACCCUCUCGUCCAGCCCCAGCCAAUCAGGAGCCCCGACAUCUCCAGAUGCCGGCCUCGCGGCGGGUGAACCUGUUUCCCCCAAUCACACCCCAGCCGUUCUGCGAAACGCCAACGAGGAUGCGCGUUCGGCGACGGAGUCGCCAGCUCUUGAUUCGUCCGAUCGAGCCUGCUCGCCCCCCGCCUCCGAGCCCCAGGAAUCCAUUGGCAGUCCAGCCCCGCCCAGCCCUGUGGUGACGGAAGUCACGCCCGACUCUAAGAAAAGGAGGAGGACGAGUGAAGCCAGCGCAGUGGCCACGGUCAACGGCCGUCACAAACACAGCGAUGGUGACAGUGACAUAACGCUGGAUAUGGGCGUGGUCACCAGCAGCCCCCUGCAGGCUGACUCCACCCAAGCUGACUCCCCAACCCAGGAGCCCGUCAGCAGCUCCGAGUGCACCCCGCCCCCAAAGAAGAAGAAGGUCAACGUGUCAACCCAGUGUGACCCCGACGAAGUGAUCAUCCUCUCGGACUCAGACUGACCUCUGACCCCAGGAAUUGAACACUUGCUCCUCAAACACUGGUGCUCCCCCUUCCUUCCCCAGUCUUCUCCGAUUCGCUGUCCGCAGGGACCGACCGCCGUGUGGGCGGGUCCGAUACGUUGAAGCUGAAGGGGGCGGGGCCGCGACCGUGGAAACGCGGAACAUCUGAGGCCUCGACGCUGGGGGCCAGGAGAACUCUCUCGUCGUACAGUUCUGUUGUACAUUUUAGCUCGAUUUACGUCACUUUGUGAUAUAGCUUUCUUACUUGUAUUUUAUGUUCCUCUUUUAAAAUGUCUUUUUUGUACGAAACGGUAUUAUGUGGCUUCUUAUGCUUUCCGAGAGGUCGGCUGGGGCAAAGCAGGGUCCUUUUUUUUUGUGUUUUCUUUUUUGCUUUUUUCGAAACCUGACCUGGAUUGGUGACCUGACGACGUGCGAAGGCUUGUGGUCGCCUGUUGAUGCCAGACCCACCCCCCACCCCCCAUGCCUUACAACCGUUUUUCGGGCGGUACGUCUGACCCCCCCCUUACCCACGCUUUCUCGAUCCAGGCGGAGGUGAGCUGAGCGUUGCGGUUUCCACGGUGACACGGAAGCGACCGCGGGCGCUAGCCGGGCUUCUCCGUGCAGCCGCUCGCCCUCGGGCAGCGUGGGUCCUCUUUGCCAGCCCCCCGGGGCUCAUAAGGCAAGCCAAGCUGGCAUCAGCUUUUUUUUUCUUCUUUUUUUUUGGUUUUGGGGGAGCGACAGGAACUAACUCCCUUCUCCUUCGACGCUGCCAUUUUGAAAUUAGGAGAUGACUCAGGUGGGGAAGCGGCAAUCCCUGAUUUUUUUCACUGGGGGAGACUUUGUUCUGGAAUGGGCAGGGCAGGGAAAGGGGUGGGUUAAAUAUUAAAACAAAGCACACACAGAAGUGCAAGUAGAGGGAGCAGUGAGCAGGGUUGGGGGGGGGGCGUUGUGAAUUGAAUGUAAAAAAAAAUUAAAAAUUUUGAACAUC